GCAAGCACGAAGGCCCGCCAGUGUCGAACAGCUUCUUCAGGAGUGAACACAAGCUCAAGCCCGCCUUGGCCUUCUCCUCGCUCGAGAUCAGCAAAACGAAGCAAACAACAAACAACAGAACGCGCCAGAACUGCAGCGAGCACGAGUGUCCUAACACGCGAAAAGAAAGAUUUCUCUUUUUUUUUGGUUUUUGCAAGCAAUCACUCAUCGUUGUGUAAAACAAAACAAAAAAUAUUACAAGCAAAAAAAAAAGGCAAAGCUAGGUGACAGCCCGACGCCUACAGUGAAGCAUCAAUCGCACCCUCAUAUCCCGCUGAAAGGAAACGUCGAAGGCGGUACGUGCCAUCCUAAACGGUAGACAACUCCACCCUCACACCCCAAAACACAGAGCGCAUCAGGAUGGUCCUGCGAAGCAAGAACCUCGUACGCUACGUGUUCCAGAAUCAGCACAAGCUGAUCCAGCAGCUGCUGGUGCAGGGUGGACCGGUGCGUGCAUGCAGCGGGCACGGCGGCACGCAGCAACAAGCCCAGCUGCGGGUGGAGGAGGACGACAACUUCCCCAAGAUUGCCGAGGUGCCGCCGCUAGCGGCACCGUUCCCGAUGACGAUCGAGCAUGCGGCCGACGUGGGAGAACAGUUCAAGUAUUCCGAUCUCAGUGUUCGCUUGGCGGCACCGCACCAGCUCAACCCGAAACCGGACGUGGACGAUCUAGCGUUCGGCAAGUACUUUACCGACCACAUGCUGAAGGUGCCGUACCACCGCCGGCUCGGCGGCUGGCAGAAGCCGGAAAUUACGCCGAUGGAAAACCUUAACCUGCACCCAGCGGCAAAGGUGUUCCACUACGCGAUCGAGCUGUUUGAAGGUAUGAAAGCGUACCGUGGCUACGAUGGCAAGAUUCGCUUGUUCCGACCGGAGAUGAACAUGGCGCGCAUGAACGUUACCGCCUACCGGUCCGGUCUGCCCACGUUCGAGGGCGAGGAGCUGAUCAAGGCGAUGGCCCGGCUGGUCAUGAUCGAUUCCGAAUGGGUACCGCACACCGAAUCAGCCAGUCUGUACAUCCGCCCGACCCUGAUCGGCAUUGAGCCAACGCUAGGUGUUGCUUCGUCCGAUUCAGCCCUGCUCUACACGAUCCUGUCGCCCGUCGGACCGUACUUCAAGCCGGGCGCUAAGGGGCUGAAGCUGUACGCCGAACCGAAGUACACGCGGGCCUGGCCGGGUGGUGUCGGUGACCGGAAGGUCGGCUCCAACUACGGACCGACGAUCCACGUGCAGCAGGAGGCACUGCGGCACGGUUGCCACCAGGUGCUGUGGCUGUACGGCGACGACCAUCAGCUGACGGAGGUCGGCGUCAUGAACAUCUUCAUGCUGUACAUCAAGGAGAACGGAGAGCGCGAGCUGCUAACACCUCCGCUGAAUGGUCUCAUCCUUCCCGGCAUUACGCGCGACUCGAUCAUCCGCCUGUGCCACCAGUGGGGUGAAUUUUCCGUCCGCGAGCAAAAGUUCACCAUGCCCGAGAUCAAGAAGCUGUCCAAGCAGGGACGGCUACUGGAACUGUUCGGCGCAGGUACGGCGGCCGUCAUCAGCCCGAUCGAGCACAUCUCGUAUAUGGGUGAGGAGAUCCACGUGCCAACGGAAAGCCAGGACAACCCGCUGUAUCGGCGGUUGUACAACACACUUACCGACAUCCAGUACGGCAAGCUGGAUCAUCCGUGGGCCUACGUCAUAGACUGAAGUGGGUGUGCGUGGGUGCCACGUUUGAUGAUCCUCCCCGCGACAAGCAGGACCAUCUAGUAGGUUCAGCAGCAACCCUACGCUGUCCUUCCCAAUUCCAGAACUCCUCCCUCCCCCUUAUCCAGGUUUUGGAAAUGCUGCAGCUACGGCCAGCUACACUCCUACUAUCCUCUCUGUACAUACUAUAUAUUGUUUCUUAGUACAGUAAGUCAUUGCGCCUCUCUCGGUGCCUCGCUCUCAAAUACGUUUAGCGGACACACACACAAAUUAGCGCCCUCCUUUGCCCUGUUGUAACCACCAAUGCCUUAAUGAUCUUCAUCCGGUUCAAGUGUUCUUCUUGUGCAUCCAACACCCUGUCCUUCCGCAUCCGCCCGGUUACAUGCCCUUGCUUUCCAACUCCAAAAUUACUUGUGAUAGAGUCGUGUUUGUGAGAAAGCGAGAGAACGAGAGAGCUCAUUCCUGUUUUGCUAAGGGUAGGGUAGGAGUACGCGAUAGUUGCCUAGGCUAGACGGUUAAGUAAGCGCGCAAAGGUGUAAACCGCUCACCCAAGGCGUACUAUCGACUCUCUUCCGAGAGCCGUGUUGUGCCAGCAGGCCGUUCCGUUUAUAGGUUCGAAGUUUUUUAGCAGUUUGCCGCCUUUUGUAUGCGAAUGAACGGAUCGCCCACUUUCCAUUGUUGCCAUCGAACGGAUGCGGAAAAGGUCGCGGGAGUACAACUGCACUCCUUUAACCUUUCCUGUCGGAAUCGUGCAUUUACUAGUACUGAAAGGUAGGGUUUGCCUCCAUUUCUUGUGUAUUUAUAAAUCGUAGUGCGUGCGCAUGCAUUGACAAAACGAAAAAAAAAAAACAGAAAGCAUUCCUGCAAACAGCGUCUAGACGGCCUCGAGGAGCUAGACACGUAUACUGGCGCGCGGAUGAUUCUCCUCGCCGCGUUUUAUUCGUCACCACAAUGUCGUGUGGUUGCUCUACUCGCAAUAACACAUUCUGCAACGGCAGAACGACAGAGAGUGAGAGGAAGUUAACGUUUUGUCUGUCCAUCCAAUGAAGUAUACCCCGUACGGCUUAUGUUUCUAAGUAGACUCGGCCACCGCCAAGUGUCUCCGCUCCUUAUGGUCUGUCAGGAUAAUGGUUUUCUCUUGUGAUAGGGCCUUUCUUAGGUAUUUUUUUAGACUUUAAGUUUUUUUUCUGUUCGCUUAGCUGUUUUGGCUACGCGUCUAGGCCGUAGUAAUAAACAGAUUUUAUUUUUCUUGUUUAGAAAAGAAAUUUGUCGUACAAAGGAAGAAAAAAAGUGCAUUUCCCCCUGAAUAGAUUGGCUCUUUUGUACAUAUAGCGAAAAGUAGCCACUAGCUUGCGGAUUGGAAAGGAGGAGAGUAUUAUGUUCUACCUUUCCACGUACGCGGUCCUGUAAGUGGCUCGCCUACAGGAGAAGAGAAGUAAAUGCUCCCUUUCUAUCACGGCCAGUACCCAUACGUACCCUCAAACCAAUUGUCUGGACGAAUGGACGACUGGCGGCUCCAUUGCAAGCAUAAGCCUAUUCCAUAGGAACUCUAGCGUUUAGCGUGUCCUUAGUAUCGAAAGUGUCAUAAACUACUGAAAUUGUGUUAGCAAAGCAAAACAGAAAACAAUAAAUCAUUGAAUGUGUUAUACCUUA